GGACCACGAGCACACCACGAGCAUGAAGCGACUCUAUCGAUCUCAAAAUAUCAAUGGCUCGACGAUCAGCUCGUAUACAAGAAAAACAAGCUGAGAAUCUGUCGCAUGAUGUAAAUGCCAUUCAAAUAUCAUUCGCAGAGGUCGGUCAUGAAAAGCGGGAAGUUGAAGAUCAAGAACUUUCCGAAGAUGAUCGUCCUCGGAAACGGGCUAAACGGCCUACGGAGGGCAGCCAGAAAAGGAAGAAAAGAGUUGUACCGAAGUCAUUCAGAAAAGUUCGCGGCAGACUGGGUUUGCUAGAAAGACUGGUAAAAGAUGUGCCACUGGAAGUUAGUCUCGAGAUUUUCUGCUAUCUUGAGCCCCGUGAUCUACUUCGUCUUUCAAGGACGUCCCACGAGCUUCGAAAUAUCCUAAUGAGCAAGAGUUCAGAAGAUAUUUGGCGCGCCGCUCGUCAAAACUUGAGAGGAGAGCUACAACCUCCCCCUCCAGAUCUCAAUGAGCCUCAGUAUGCUUAUAUUAUGUUUGAGCCCUUUUGUCAUGUAUGUGAUCGGCGCGUUGAAAACGUAUUCUGGUCAUUUCGCAUGAGGUGCUGCAAGGAGUGUGCACUAGAUCUAUUUGCUAUAUACGAUCCCACCGAUUAUCCUGAGGAAUUUCAAGCCUCCAACAUCCUACUUCGGGAGCGGAUCGAUACCGGCGACAGGAUCAUCUCAAUCCAUCAUGGUGAAACAGGCGCUCGAUUGAAAGCACAAUUUCAAGCCUUACAAUCUACGGAGGAACGAGACUCAUGGCUGAACCAAAAAGUCGAAGAAAGAAAACAGUUAUACAAUCACGCGCUCCGCUGUACCAGGUGGUCUUCCUUCAGGAUCCUCGCACGCAUGCGAGAACUGGAUGAGAUACGCAAACAAAGGAAGGAAGACAUUCUCGUUCGACUAGACAAAAUAGGAUGGCGUGAGGAGGCCCAGAUUAUAAUGGCAAAGCCAAGGUAUCCUCCAGGUUCCAGAAGAAAUGCUUUCAGUCAGCAUAAGCUAGUCAAACAGUCAAAGAAAUUGACGGACUACGGUUGGAACGCCAUUAAAAACGAGUUGGUGAAGAUAUUGUCAGAUCAUAAGAAAGAGCGUUUGAAGUCUGUAGAGUGAAGGUUUUCCUUUCGUCUCCUCUGAAGACUAAUAUCAAGUAAGCAUGAAAUAAUACCACAUGUACAACUAUGUUAAAAAUACAGAUACAUAUGCUGCACAGAUCGUAAAAUAAAGG